AUGAAGCAGAAGACGCAGAGCUCUCUGCUGAAUUUCUUCAGUCCUCCGUCAUCAGAAGGAGGCUCCAAGAAGAAAGCAGGUACCAAAUCGGAGACUAAGCUGGGCUCCACCCGCAAAAAGAUCGAGUUCUCGCCCAAGCUCAAGCGCAAUCCCGCGGCGAAGGAGAAAGAGGCCGCACAUGUGGAGAUGGAGGACGUAGACAAAGCGUCAGGCGUGGGAUCGAAACGCAAGGCGUACGAGGAUUUCCUAGGCACGAGCUCCGAGGAGGACGAACCCAUAAAGACGAGUAAAACGACGAAAGAGGAAAAGCCGAAGAAACGAGCCGGUAAAAUUGUCAUUGAAGACGACGACGACUCCGACGACGAGCCUGCAGCACCAGCUUCUCGUCGUAAGAGCAAGGCAACCACUCGAAACGUUGUAGAGGAAUGGGAGCAAGAUUCGCCCGAGGAGCGAGGUGACGGGGAGGAGUCGGAGUUUAGUGGCGCCGAGGAAGAACUUUCAGAUGACGACAUUGAUGAUCUGGUGGAUGAAGAGUCCGAAGAAGAAUCCAAGCCACCGAAGAAGCGGCGAAAGAGUGCUCCUGCAGCGACCAAGACGAAAAAAGUAGCAUCAAAAUCCUUUCUGUCUCCUCCACCAGCAGCGAAGAAGAAGUGGGGAAACUCGACGCCUACGUCAAGCACCAAAAAGUCUGCACCACUAGCUGAUGGCCCCGCCUUGCCCAGUUCUGUGGCUGGAGCUGGCAACCACAUUCAUGAUUCGCUGCCGUGGCUGCACGAAGAACGGCGUGAUAUUAAUGGCAACACACCAGACUCUCCUGACUACGAUCCACGCACUCUGAAGAUUCCUCCGGAGUUUGUGAAGAAGGAAACUCCAGCCAUGGUGCAGUGGUGGGAAGUCAAGUCUCGAAACAUGGACACUGUGCUGUUUUUCAAGGUGGGCAAGUUUUACGAAUUGUUCCACAUGGACGCUGACAUUGGCUUCAAGGAGCUGAACCUCAUCUACAUGAAGGGAGAUAAGGCACACUCAGGCUUCCCAGAGAUCGCGUACUCGAAAAUGUCGUCCCAGCUGGUUGCCAAGGGCUACAGAGUGGCUCGUGUGGAACAAACCGAAACUCCAGACAUGCUGAAGGUCAGGAACAGUUCGUUAGCGAAGAAGGCCAAAGUGGUUCGUCGUGAGGUGUGCUCUCUACUGUCCAUCGGUACGAACACUGUGAGUUUCCUGGAUGCUCCUAUCUCGUCUCAAGACCAAGUGUCCAAGUACCUUCUUGCACUGAAAGAAGCUUUUGACGCUACGCAGAAGUCUGUACGCUUUGGUGUGUGUAUGGUGGACUGCUCUACUGGUGCCUUUCAGCUCUCCGAGUUUGACGACACGGAGCAGCGAGACCGUUUAAAGACGAUGUUCGCCCAAUUUCACGUCGUGGAGAUCGUGACCGAGCGCUUCAACAUCUCUGACGAUACGAAGAUGGUGCUAAAGCACGCAGCACCUGGUGCGAUUCGCUCGUCACUGCGAGUGGGUAAAGAGUUCUGGGAUGCCUCGAAAACCAUCGAUGAAAUCGAACGCGCGGGGUAUUUCAAGGAGCAUGGAUGGCCAGGUGCAGUACUGUAUUUCCUGGAAAUGGAUAAAGUCGUCAAGUCCGAGGGACAACUCGCAAUCAGCGCUCUGGGAGGCUGCAUCUGGCACCUGCGACGCUGUCUCAUCGACCACGAAUUGCUUUCUCUCUGCAAUUUUAAGAGGUACAAGCCUUCGGACGAAGAGGCUCGAGAAGCACGUGCAAACCGGGAAGCUAUGUCUGCUGCUAAGGCGGAGCUGAACCAGCAGUAUGUCGUGUUGGAUUCCCAGACGAUCCAGAACCUAGAAGUAUUAUGCAACAGCUUCAAUGGAUCGCGGUCGGGCGCUCUUAUCGAUAUCAUGGACAAGACUGUGACAAGCUUUGGUCGCCGCAUGUUCCAGGAGUGGGUGCUCAAGCCUUUAUGCAAGAUUGGCGAUAUUCAAGAGCGUCUCGACGCCGUUGAGGAACUGGGUACCAGUGGUGAUUUGAUGAUGGAGAUCCGCGAGUUUCUCCGUAAAUUACCGGACUUGGAGCGUCUGCUGUCGCGAAUCCACGCGCUGGGAUCUGCGUAUCGCUCGAAGGAACACCCGGACAGCCGUGCAAUUAUGUACGAGUCACAGAUAUACAACGUUCGCAAGAUCAAGGACUUUUUGGCUGUGCUCAACGGAUUUGACGAGGCAAUGAACCUUACGCUCGAGCUGGGUCCUCGUUUAUCGCAGUCUAACUCGCCGAUUUUGCAGUCGCUCUUGAAGAGAUACGCGAUCGAGGAUGGAGUUCAGCCGGACGUUAAUCGGGGACAUUUCCCCGAUCUUACAGAGAAGUUGGAGUUCUUUAAGCGCAGUUUCGACCAAGCUUCGGCCAAAAAGAGCGGUGUGAUCGUUCCUCAAGCCGGUAUAGACCCCGAAUUUGAUGCUGCUUGUGCUGAAAUCGCUGAGGUUGAAGCUGAGCUGGCGGAUUAUUUGAGUGAGCAGCGCAGUGCACUACGCUGUCGACAGAUUUCAUACUGGGGCAAGAAGAAGGAGGAUCGCUAUCAAUUGGAAGUUCCCGAGAGCGCAUUGUCGAAGCAGCCGAAAGAGUACGAGCUCAAGUCUCGCAAGAAAGGAUACAAGCGCUUUCACACGCCGACAAUUCGUGCGUUAUUGAAGCGAUUGGCUACCGCGGAGGAGCAGAAAGAAGAAGCACUCAAGGAUCAGACACGCCGCAUUUUCCACAAGUUUGACGAAGACUACAAGUAUUGGAUGAAGGCGGUGCAAUGUCUGGCGGUGUUGGACUGCUUAGUCAGUCUCGGCUUACUCAGCAGUCAGAGCGAAGGGUACACAAAGCCCGAAGUGGUGGCAGCAAGCGCUGCGAAUGAUGGAAAGCCUUUUAUUGACAUCGAAGAGGGCGUACACCCUUGCGUUGCAGCAACAUACGGCAGUGGCGAUUUCAUCCCGAACGAUGCACAACUGGGUAUUCAAGGCAAGGGCCAAAUGGUUCUCCUCAGUGGACCAAACAUGGGUGGAAAGUCGACUUUGCUGCGUCAAACGUGCGUCUUGACACUCAUGGCUCAGAUCGGCAGCUUCGUUCCUGCUGCAAAGUGCCGUCUUAGCCCCGUGGAUCGCAUUUUCACUCGAAUUGGCGCGUCCGACCGCAUCCUUGCGGGUCAAAGUACGCUCUUCGUGGAGUUGGCAGAGACAGCGACGAUCCUGAACCACGCGACUAGCCACUCGCUUGUCAUUUUGGACGAAUUGGGACGAGGAACGUCGACAUUCGACGGCACGGCCAUCGCAUAUUCAGUUGUGGAGCAUUUGCUGAGCGACAUCCAGUGCCGAACCAUGUUCGCAACUCAUUACCACUCGCUCGUUGAAGAGUACGUGGAAGACGACAGAGUAUCGCUGGGUCACAUGGGAUGUAUCGUCGACCCUGAGAACGAACGCAAGGUGACCUUCCUGUACAAGCUGGAGGACGGUAUGUGUCCCAAGAGCUAUGGUAUCAACGUGGCCAUGUUGGCCAAACUGCCGGACGAAGUGAUCGAAUGCGCUGCUAAGAAGUCGGAGCAGUUUGAACGCUCCUUGCAAGCCAAUUCGCACACGGAGCUGGAGAACAUUCGACUCGCUCAAAAGGUGCGAGAAGUGCUAGCAGAGGGUGAGGCGGGGAUAGACAAACUCAAGCAAUUAUGGGAGCAAGCACGUAAUGCAAUCCGAGCUUGA